CGCGGCUGCAGUUGAAAGUCGGCAAGAAAGGGAUAUCGUUGACGACAGCGCGCACCUGGUUACACCAAGAAGGCUUCAAGUAUACCAACCACAAGAAGGGCCUCUAUUUCGAUGGCCAUGAUCGACCAGAUGUCGUCGAGUAUCGUCAGAAACAGUUCUUGCCGAAGAUGGCCAACUCCCAUCCAACUUCGUUGAGCACCCCAUUGUCUUGUGCGCCCAGGACGAGAUGACUGCGCAGGCAAAUGACUGUCAGUCGAAGAUCUGGGUUUUCG